UCCGCUUCAGGGGCGUGUAGAGAAAGGGAGAGCUUGCCGCGUGCGCGCCGGCGCCGUGUUUUUUUUUUCUACCAACUCUACACGUUUCUCGGUGUUUUGUUGUCUUGUUUACUGACGAGCUCAGUACAAAAUGGAGUCGUUUAACCAAAUCACGUUGGAAUACCCCGUGUUGAUGUACGUAGGAGUCGGAGUUACGGCAUUCCUCGCCGGCGGCGCGCUAAUAUACAAAAUCGCCACCCGAAAGAAGCCCACCCAUGCAAAUGUGAACUGCUGGUUCUGUAAUGAGAACACAGUGGUGCCCUAUGGGAACAGGAACUGCUGGGACUGUCCCAGCUGUGAGCAGUAUAACGGCUUCCAGGAGAAUGGGGAUUACAACAAACCCAUCCCAGCUCAGGACAGGGCUAAUCUGAACCAUGGAGUAUCUGGAAGCCUUCCGCCAUCUGAGAUGGACAAAAUGCAGCAGUGGGUCAACUGUCAGAUGCUGUUGUGCAAGAAGUGCAAUAACAACCAGUCUUUAAAGAUCAAGCUGUUGGCGGCAUAUAUGCCGAGGGAUGAUGAGAACUAUGAUGAGGAAAUUGAAGCCUACAGGCACCACUUGGAGCAGAUCUAUAAGUUGUGCAUGCCAUGUCAGACAGUAGUGGAGUACUACAUUAAAUAUCAAAACCGCCAGCUGCGUACAGUGCUCCUCAGCCAUCAGCUUCAACGUUCCCGAGACUCAGUCAAGAGCUUCGAAAAGAGCUCCAAUUCCCUUUCUUCUCCAAUUGGAGUCACACUAUUACGGGCUCUUGCCGUCCUGCUUUGUGCUUUCUUAGUUGGUACAUAUUUCUUGGAUUUUCAAGACCAGCCUUCUUUAUCUAGUGGCCCACAGACAUUAAGUGGUGGUGUCCCUCCUCCAAAACCUCUGAAUGAAUCCAAUAGCAGUGGAGACAUGCCUGUGUGGCAGGGUCUGCUGGAGCUGAUCCCAAACGGUACCAUAGAAAGUGCCCAGCUGAUGUGGCAACAUGGAAGGGACAACCAGCUGGCUGUGGUCUCUGUUGGCCUGUUGACUUGCCUCACGUCUAUCUUCUUAGCAGGAGCUACAAGGCUGAGGAGAAUUGAUGCUGUGGCCUCUGUUCUAUGGUUCCUCAUCCUGUGCCUCUACCUGUCUGAGAGCUACUUCACUGGUGCCUCGGACUGGAUGGACACAGCCAAGCACAGUAGUGCCUCUCUCUGUUGCCUCGUCAGCUUCGCUGCUGCUGUGGCAACUCGCAAACCACAGGGUCUACGAAGAGGCAAAUACCGAAGAUAUCUUGCAGGCAGCUCUGCAGCGCCCCCCUUCAGCAACCAGCCAACUUUGCUCUCUCCAAACCUGGCAGAGUCCUUCAUCCCCACCCCACCCCCGAACCUCUCCAAGCUCAUCAGCUGCAAACAGAGUCGUCACAAGUGCAACGAUUCGCCCUCGUCCCUGUCUGGGCGACUCAGCAGGGGACUCUGCCUUGGCACCAUGCCCUCCCUAAAACGGACAGACUCUGGUUACCUGUUCAGCGGAAGCAGACCAGCCUCACAAUAUAAGGACUCCCCUCCCUCAGACUAUUUUUCUUUGAAGUCUGGAAGCAGGCCAUCAUCCCCAACUCCUUCAAUAGCUGGGUCGUGUACAUCCAGUUUAUGUUCUGCCAGACAACGGCGUCCCCUCAUCAGUCCUGCACGCUUCAACAUAUGUAGCCAGAAAAUGGGGCUUUUUUCAGCAGAGCCAGAGCCCAUGCUCCCACCCCCACCCGUGUCUCCUUUAUAUUCCACUGUGCCACCCUCUCCCAUUUACAGUGGCAGUUUUUCACCUGACAUAUCACCCUUCCAAAGCCAGAAUGAUUUGAGUUUGAGAGACGGCAGUGUGUUUGAUAAGGAAGAGAGGAGCGAUAAUGGCAGCUCCUCGGGGUCCUCCACAUGCAUGGUUGGCACUACAACACAGGAGCCAGAAAAUACUCCUCCAAAAGGUUCAGGCUUAGCAAAGCCUCUUAUCUUGCUGGGGCUUUUAACAGUGAGCUUGACCUCCAACUUGGUCGUUGCCGGCCUCUGUAUGUACCACUACUGGACAUGAACUUUUGAUGGGUCUGCUGCUGUCACGUCAACAGACCUGGAGGUCAUUCAGCAAUGUCAGAAAACAUCACCUUUCUAGCAGUCGCUUGUUUUGUUGGUGCUUUGUAAAGGAAAACUACAGAUGUCAGUGGAUGGCUUUUCAACAACAAUACCUCCCUUUUGAUUGUGAAUGAAUAACGGUUUUGUUACUGUACAACAGCAAAAAAACGAAAAGCAUUUAGCAGCAUGUUAUGUUUGUCUGUGUGUGUGCGUUGUUGGUUUUGCACUUUUGAAAUUUGUACAGAUUUUCACUUUGUAGAGUCAUAAUUUAACAGCAGUGGUGUUCGCCAUUGUCUUUCUAUGCACAGACGGGUGACAAAUAAAAGUUAAAAUAAAAACCAACAUCCAGUGUCUUAGUAAGGUGCCACAGAUUAUAUUGGAUAUGAAUUGCUUCGUUGUAUCUUACAGUGCACUUUGUCACUGUGUGGAAGCAUCUUCAUUUCUGCAGGGAUGUGGAUCUUUUGGAUUCAUCCAGAAUUUUGCAUUUUGAGACCUAGAAAUGUGACCCACGUGAAUCAUGCAAAUCUGUUUUAAUGUAUUUAUUUUUAGUUCAUCAACUCUAAGAUGUUUUUUGUAUUAUGUUACGUUUGACAGCUCGAACUGAACUUGGAGAUGAAGUGACUGUUGCCAUUUUUGCAUUAAAGGUCCAUUGGGAGGAACUCCAUAAUCUGUGUUAAACUA